GUAUGAAGAUACGAGUACUUGAUCAUUCCCCAGUAACCAGGAAUCACUAUAUAUUUAUCAGUCCAGAAUAAUUGCCUUGUAAAUGGUGAAGAUUAUAAAAGUGUUCUAAAUUUGUUCUGUGUGCAGGUAACUUUCCUGAAGAAUUUACUUCCUCAGUGACUUAUCAAAAGGUUUAAAAAAAUCCCACAGCCCAAGACUUUACACAAGAUAAACUUAGAAUUUCAUGCAUAAGUCAAGAAAUUCAGUUACAAUAAUAACAGUAAAGCACUACUGCUGUAAUUUGCAUUUGAAAAGCUCAGCAAGUACCAAAUAAAUUGAUUUACUGACAGAGAAGUAAAUAUGAUUCUGCUUUCUUGAUAUCUUUUUGUGAUAAGCUUAUAAUAAUCAAGAUUAAGGGAUAUGCUUAAAGAUCAGAUAAAAGGUCUCAGAAAAAAAUUAUGUAAUUUUAGCAGGUACAGUGCUGUGUUCUGGUAUGAAUCUGAUUUUCUAAAUUGACAACAUUUUUUUCACUACUGGUCAUUUCAAGUUAGGGGUCUGCAUUAAAGCACUACAUUACAUUAUUUUUUAAACAAUUCCCUUUUCUCAAAACCAACUAGCAUUUUAUUUUCAGAAGGGUAGAAUAUUUCACACAUCCUAAACAGCAACAUGCAGCUUCCUGCUUGAGUCUGAGGAGUCCAAAGUGCUGAGUAGCUGCAUAGCAGAACUGGGGACUGGUGUAUGCUAAUACAUGCUCAUGCUAUGCAAUUGAUUUCCUCUUGGGACUUGGUUUUGCAUAUUUGCUAGCUAGUAAUCAUUGGAAGUAAGUGGCUUGACAGUGAGAACAGUAUUGUAAUGACGAAAAGUAGUAAAGCGGUUUUCUAAAUGCAGCAUUUUAAAAAAUACUUGAUGGCAGCAUGCUUGCAUGUUGGAUAUGAAAAGAUGUUGCUUGACAUGGAAAAUUGCAAGUGAGUCACUUACUGACAGUCAGCCAUGCAUACGAGAUGAAUAACAAUAUCUACACUACAUUAUCCCCCAAAUGGAGAGUUGUUGUGUUGUGCUGAUGUGUAUGUUUUAACCAAGUUUAGGGAGAAUAACAGGAGAAAAAAUGCUUAGUAAGUUAAGAAUCCUGUGUAGCUUGGGGAGGGGGUUGGGGGGGGGAUAAGAGUUAAGUCCAUCAGUCAGUAGCAAUUGAAUAUAUAGUUUGCAAGCCAUUUGCCUUCAGGUGGACAAAUGUCUAUACUGCAUGAACAGUGAACAAACACAGCAGCUUGAAACUGUAUGGACUGUAUGGUAAGUCCCUGGCCUGCUUGGUUUAAAGCCUCUAAACCUAUGUACAGUGGUAGAUAAGACGGUACAAAUGAUUGUUCAAAAUAAUCCUAAAUUGGACCCAUUACCAAGCAAUCUGUGACCAUGAACCAUUUUUGUCAGGUGUAUUUAUGGGGUUUAGUGUUCUCUUCAGCAUCAGGGGCAGGACCAGCUGUUGCUGCGGGCAGAGAACUGAAUGAACUUUAAAGCUGCCAUCGCAUCUGACAUGUUUUACAGUGAAGCCUGACAAAUAGAAAAAUACUACAAGUGAAGAGAAAAUUCACUUCACGAGAACUGAGCUCUGCUUUCAUUGGCUUCUAAAUUUAUUUAUAUUAAUAGCUGACUAGUGUCAGAUCAUCUCUGUGGUCUACUGUGGUGAAAUUAUUAGGUUAAAGCUGGAAAAGAUGAAACAAUUAAAAAGAAAAAGGAAAAGCAAUUUUAGUGUUCAGGAAACUCAAACUCUCCUUAAGGAAAUCAGAAAAAGGAGAGAAGUACUCUUUUCAAAGCAACUUAAUACAACAAUUAAUGAGAUGAAACGGAAAGCUUGGGAGGAAAUAGCAGAGUGUGUCAAUGCUGUAGGUGAAGGAGAGCAAAGAACAGGGACAGAAGUGAAAAGGCGAUACCUUGACUGGAGAGCACUCAUGAAGAGAAAACGUCUGAAUGCAAACAUCAAAGUAGUAGGUGCUGGGUUUCACCUUCCUUCAUCCAAUUUAGAUGACUCUCUCAAUGAAGACAUGGAUGAGAAAAUGGGAUUUGCAAUUGAAUCUAGUUUUGAAUGGCAAAAUAUCACUGACUUCAGAGAAGCUGGUGGAUCUUUAACAGAAAUCAAAGUAGAAGAGGAAGAGGAGGAUCCGCAGAAUUUCGAAUUUCCUAUUGAGGAAGAGGAAGAAAUAUUGUCAUCAGUUUUACCAGAUUCAAAAAAGGAAAAUGACCUACCAGACUUCCCCCACAUUGAAGAGUUUGGAAAUCUAAGCUCUGCUCAAGCUAGGCUAGCCUAUGAAGAUUCUCAUUUGCUUAUAAAUCUGGAGAAGCAAAAGCUGGAUCUGGAGAAACAGCGACUAGACAUUGAAGCCGAAAGGUUGCAAGUGGAGAAGGAGCGCCUGCAAAUUGAAAAGGAACGGUUGCGGCACGUUGACUUGGAGCGCGAGAGGCUUCAGAUUGAGAAGGAGCGACUUCAGAUUGAAUGGGAGAAACUCAGGCUGGAGACUCUGCAAUCCGAAAAACCUGCCCUGGAAAAUGACCUCACCCCAACAGAAAAACCUAUCAUACAGCCUCUGGAUCUAGAAACUGAAAAGUUAAAACUUGAAAAAGAACGUUUACAGUUAGAGAAAGAGAGGCUGCAGUUUCUCAAGUUUGAGUCAGAGAAGCUGCAGAUUGAGAAGGAACGCUUGCAAGUGGAGAAGGAGCGCCUUCGAAUUCAGAGAGAGGGUCACUUGCAGUGAACUUCUCAACUAAAGUGUCAACAUUAGUGGUUUGAUGUUUCUAAAAUAGAGGUAGUUCUUUUCUUAAUACUGAAACUGUCCUAGAGGCUAAACAUUUUUCUGUUCAGAGUUGAACAUUAUGUUAAACUGAAAAAAAAUGGUGCUCAAUAUAUCCGUGUGCCUGCAUAAGUGAGUUAAUGUGUGAAGUUGCUUUUCAGUGUAUCAGAACUAAGUGUUAUGUUCUCUUGUCUCCAGUAUUGUGCUGUAUUAGUUUGGUGUCCUCCUCUUGUAGACAUGUUGGGGAGAAUCAGGGCUGAACCUUAUGCUGUUUUUCACUGUAGUAACAGUAAGGAAGGAUGGGAAUAAAUCAACAUAUGUUGUGAGGACAUGGUGCUGACAAUUUCCCAUAUGGUAACGAAGUAUAAUUUAGGCAGAACAGAGUAAUACAGAGUCAUGAUGAGAUUGAUUCAUUAAACUUAGUUUCCCCUUUUUUGUUGUUUUUUUUUUUUCCUGCCCCCACAAUUGGAAAAAGAGUUGAAGAGUUUUAUAGAAGUUAAAGUGCAAGUUAAAUUUGUUGCAGUUGUUUGUACUGUUGUUCCAUGGCUUGAACUGAAUGAGAGUGCAGAAUAUAAUAUUGUUUCUUUUGCAUUAAGUAUUCAUACUAGAUAAAGUUACACAUCAACCAUACCUACUAUGAGCUAGAUGUUUGGUUUCACCAGGUUCUUAAUAAUGCUAUAUGGAAUAUAGCACCUGUCUUAGUGUAGCACAGGGAUUUACUGAUUGAUCACUGUCUGGUGAGUCUGUGAUGACCUGCUGAAGGAAAUACCUGGUUUGUUCGUUGAAAGACAGUAGCUGGUGAUGGGAGUCUCAGGAGAGGAGACACACAGGCUGAGCAGAGGCUAAGGAGCACUGAGCUUGAACAUGGACAUGCUCGUUGCUGGUUCUACCUGGCCAGCACUGAGGUCAUGUCUGCAAGGCAGCCAGAAGAGGCUUCUGUGACUGACACCAUAUAGUAUAUUUUAAUUAGACAAACAGAAAUAAUCCGUGCUGAAGGCUGUCGAUAUUUUUCAUAAGAAAUGUAUUCAUUUAACAGAAAAAACAUCAAGGAAGGAAGCUUUCCAUUAUUUCAUAUAUGUUUAAAUCCAAACUGAGCCAGACUUCACAUUUCUCAUCUUUCUCCAAGUAGCUAUCUUUUGUUGACUCCAUUUGAAAUUUAGGAUUAUGAGAAUACUAAGUCUAAAUAUAUGUUGAGUGACUUAUGUGAAUUCUUGUGCAAGUAAAUAUAUUUAUACCACUACAGGUUUACUCUUAUUCUGCAAAGAAAAUGUUAUUUUUUUAUUACUGAAACAAGUGUGCUUCUACAGUGGAAAUAAAUUUGACUACUACACUCCAAAA